UAUGAUAGGCGAAAAUGCAACAAAACUAAACAAUUCACGUAACGGACAGAAUGCCUGCUGACUUGCUAUGAGUUCGAAUCUUGUCCGUUCCGUGAGUUACCUCUUCAGAACAGCUUGCCUCGUUGUUUUGAUGUUUUGAGUAUUUUACUGCAUAAAUAUUUUUGCAUUGGUUGAGGUCCAGCUGCGGGUUUCUUGAUGGUGCUUAUCUAUAGAUCCUGGACUUCUUGUGAAGAUUUAUAGCUCAACUGUCUCUUAAAGAGAGCUGAGCUGCAGAUCACCUGCAUCUUAAGAGGUUUUGGGGUACGGCUAGUAGGCCUCAUGGAUGAGUUGCAAUAGAGGGGGCUGGGGUUUGUCUUACGGGAGAUAUCUCUUUGAGAGUGACCAAAACACUUCUAGUUUAAAUUACUUUUCUAAACAACUACUAGGAGGCUCUUAUUAGUAGCAAAUUAUGCCCUAUUGUUUACAAAGCAUAUUAACUUUUGUUUUGUUUCUUCCUACAGUUGGUGAUCGCUGAGUGAGACUGUGCAAGUGGCUGGGAAUCAAUCAGCCAAUAUCUGUAGCCUCCUAAUUCAUCCAGCCUGUUCCACUACACAACACCUGCAGCCAUGGUGAAAUACGAAGAAGAGGAGACCUACAGCUUCCGUCUGUCUCACCUGGAUGAUGGAAUCUACUCCGACACCAGCACCAUCUCAUCUACACAUAAACAACGUAUCGACUCACUCUUCAGGGACAAGAGAAGGCAGGACAAAUUGCACCCUGAUCCUGUGCCCCUUUGGCUCCCUCCCGAGCCUUUUCGGCCUGACCCCAUGCCUCUGCCGGCCAACCCAGUGCAGGAGGAACUGGAGCGCAUGUUUGGGGGUCGGGACCAACGACAGAGAGCCUUCCUGGAUGUGCGUGCCACUGUCCAGGCACAGAUUGAGAGGUUGUUUGCUGAUGCCACCAGUGAGCCCAUACUGGGGACUCACGCCCCACCCCCUCGCUCACCGCCAGCCCCAUGCGUGUUAGACCCUCCACCGCUUGCAGCCCCUUCCCCACCGCAGCACCAGCAAUCCCACACUCCUUCCCCUACCGCUAACAGUUGCGCCAGUCGGCCCAGAAGUGGAGUCAGUCCAGAGGAGUCGCUCGAGGCGGCGACACCACGAGUGUGUGUCUCCAGCAUGAAGUACCGUGUGGAUUAUUUAGGAGCGUUGCAGCUGGCCGAGAAAGCCACCAGUCUGGAUGUGCUGCAGACACCACUCAAAGACCUUUACUACAAAUACCGUCUGUGUGUUUCCCGGGGCAAGCGGCCAGUGUCGGGAACGCUGCAAAUUACCGAAGCCGGGCUCAAGAUUACUCAUGGCAGCGUAGACUCCUGUGAUGGCCAUUUAGAGUUUACUAACCCAUUCCCGACUAUUGCGGUAUGGGCGGCGGUGAAGCUGGUGAUCCGCAAGGAGAUGUCAGAACAAGGCCAAGUUGGGUACUCGUACGCCUUCCUUCCACUCAUUUGUGACCCGGAGGCACAGGACAAGUACAAUCUUUAUCACGCACUCAACGUACCAGAGCCUAGCGUCAUGACCAUCCAGCACCCGCCUAUGUUCGCCUGCGUCAUGAGGAAGGUGGGUGUUCCCAAAGUGCUCGAGUGCCAUGGCUUCGUGUGUCAGUCGUCUGAGGAUGCCAUCGUGAUGGCUGCUAACUUGUACCAGGCACUGCUGGAAAACAUGAGAAGUGAGGCACCGAGCGAGGCCUCUAGUGACACUCGGGAGGACGACCGACACGUCAUGAGUGACAGUGAAAUGGUGCCAGUUAGACCGCCUCGAAAGAAGCGCUCACGUCGCUCAGAAUCCCCGAAUUUUGGACAGGGACUGCGGCGUGCUAGCAGUGAAGAUAUCCUAAAGUCACACAUUAUUGUGGAUGACUCCCGAACCAGCAAACGACGACUAAAACGUUCCAUUAGUGAGCGUCACCCGGGCGCCUUCCUGCUAGAUCCCGGUGAUGUGUACACCAGAGUGGCGCUACCUCGCUCCAAGUCUUUCAUGAACGUCACUAAUAAGUACAAUUUCCAUGACCUCUUGGAUGACGUCAAACAGAAGACGGGCCUAAAGAGUGUGGAUGAGGUGCUGAAACAAGUGAUAAAUCCGCGUGGAAUGUCGUUUAGCGAGAUGGAUCCCGACCAACGAGAGAUUCUUUUGAAGCUGGCUCUAACAUUGUCCAAGGACGAGAUCUACCAGCGGUCUAAGAACAUCAUGAGACAACAAACUCGAGGCCGCAGUUCCUCUCUCAUGAGCCUCAUGGAUUCUGAUAGUGACGGAUCCACCAUCUCCUCAGUUUUGAAGGCCACCAAACGAUCAUUUUCGCGAUUGGGCUCCCGCGCCUCUAGCCUACAGUCAAGCUAUCUGAAGGACAAGUCACCACUCAGAAAGUUGGUCAACAACAAAAACCGCUAUAUGUUUGAGAAGGGACGCAACAACAGUGCUGCGAGACGGGCAGACAAUAAAGAGAACGAGUUCACUCACAUGCUAGAGGUCAGUGGGAGGAAAGUGGCACCUAAAACGCCAAUGCCUCGACGAAAUUCGUCCCAAGCCAACGAAGGCUAUUUGUCGUGUAGCGAGUGUGGUUACGACAGUGAAUGUUCCAGCAAGUGUUACUGCUCUCUACCCCGGCGAGCCUCAUCGACCAAGCCAAACGACAAACAUAAAGACCACGACUCCCCGUGUGACUGUGACACUGAAAGCUGUGCUGAGAGUGAGAAAUGUUACUGUUCUCUCAAACGGGUCAAGAAGAACGGCCUGAAGAUGUAUGAAAUUAACCUAGACUCUGAGACCGACACCAACGCCACGAUGAAGAGCAUCGCCUCCUACAAGAAAGGCUACGGGUCACACUCCAACCUCAGUGAACUGGAGUCGCAUCCAACUUCGUGGAAGCGAAACACUGGUGGGUCGUCUACCAGCACCACACAAAACAAGAGCUCUUCCUUGUACCUGACCGAACAAAGUAAGAGUCGAUCUGCAGGCACUGUCUUCUCCUUGCACCCGGAUGUCAUGAGGAAGAAAAGUCUGUCGUCGAAUUUAUCGACCGACUCCGAGAUCUCUGCGAUGCAUCGAUCAUCAGACGGGUCCGGAUACCACAGCCAGGACAGCGGGCGACGUCAGGUUCCACCUCAUCAGAGGGCAGCAAGUACCGAGUCUCUCCUCUCGUCUCCCAGACUUCGACGGCAUCCUUCAGGGUCCCUUGGAUCGGGGGGCUCCAGGGGAUCACAGGUGUCGUCACAAGGGAGCGGCAGUGGGAUAGGGACACAUCGCUCACAAGGUUCUAGGGGCUCCGGAUCUUCUAACCAGAAGAUUCUGUUGGUAUCAGCAGUGGACCCCAGUGGGAAGGUGGUGUACCGCGGGGCAUCACAACGCCAGAAGAGGGAUGACAGUGACACUGCUUCCAUCCUUUCAAUGAAGAAGACGGCCGAGAUUGCUGCCCUUUUCUCAGAGCUUAAACUUAGCCAGACGACCGACCUUAUCAACCAUCUCAACCAGUCAGCGUCGGAGUCUGAAGACGAUGCGUAUUCCUCCAUGCAAGCCAAUAAUUCCUUCCUCUUCUCAGACAACAUCGAAAACUCACUGGGUUACUUGCCGUGAGGGGUGGUAAGCACCGCAUGACAGAUGGCACUCCUGAUAGUGACGCAUGCCGCAGUGCAACAGUUGGCAGGGUGACCGCCCCUCCAACCCACAUCACACUACACCCAACCCACGCCUCCCUCUCUGGCUGUACCAUACGCUCCUACCAAUCACGCCCACAACUCACAAAUUGGAGAUGAAACUAGAUAACGUUUCUGUCUGUCCUAGAACAUUAUCAAGUAGUUAUUGAUAGCGUGCAUAGUACUGAAAUUAGGAACGUUACUAAUUAUCAAUGAUUCCCUAAGUUACCUGGCGAUAUAUUGUUGCAUCCCUUCAGUAUUUAGCAUCACUGAAAUUAAUUUUAUGAAUAUCUAUACCUGACCUUCCGAAAUUCAUUAUAAUUGUUCCACAUACAGGGUAUCUAUGCUGAAUAUCUACGCCUUUCGAACCAACAUGAAGCAAAUGUCGUCUUUUGCUAUAUAUAAAAUUUGUGGGUUGUGAAUUAUUCCAGCAACGGUAGUGAAAUUAAUUGUACAAUGCAAGUUGCUUAUAUACAUACAGCUGACACUACAGUGAAACGCCAGUGACUAAGGCCUAGUGACAGGGUCAUUGUUCCCGCUCAGCCUUUCAGAGGCUACAGUGAGAGGUAGUUAAGUGGGCAGUGAUGAUUCUUAAGUCAUCGUCAGUGAUGGGAAGGUAUCGUGUGAUGAUGCUACGUGUCAUUAUAUUUUUAGAUUAGUCCCCCUCCCGUCCAGGCUUCACCUCACACUCCCCCCACCGCCAUAAAUGUCAGUGUUUACAAAAAAAAUUGUAUUAGCUUGUAUAUUCAUAAAAAAUGUAUAAAGUACCUUAUUUCUAAUAUUUUACAAUAUACUAUUAUUGAGAAUAACGAAAAUAUUAUGAAACAAAAUAUUCAUCCCAAGUUUAUUU